CUCGCACACUCAAGGGUUUUAGAGUGGUUUUAGGCUUUUGUGAGAAAUUUUAUUUAUUUUUGUUGAAAAUUUCUCAAAAUUAAAACGUUUUCUUCGCAAAAAUGACCGCCCAAGAGCAGAUGAAAAAGAUUUUGGAUGAAUUAAUGGGAACAAGCCGUGAUGGUAAGUUUAAAUCGCGCCAAAAAAUCGCAUUUUAACUAUACAUUUUCCAUAUGCUUCGGCUGUUGAAACUUUGAAUAUUUCUAUGAAAAUACACGUGUCCCUGGGGAAUACAAAGUUAGAAAAACAGAGGAGAGAGAUUCCUUCUGGAUUAAUGAGUACAUUUUUACAAAUUUAGCAUAAACAAAUGAGGCACAAAAGUAUAUUUUAAACCAAAAAUUGCCAACCUAAUAAUAUUAAAUAUUCAGACCUAAACACAUGCACAAAAGAUGCUAUUUACAUGUUGAUGUUAUCUGAUGACAUAAUAAACUACUUUGGUAUUCUAUGAAUCACGCAGAAAUUUUUCAAAUUGUUACAAAUAUACACAAUCCAGGAUUCAUAAUCAUGAGCUGGUCCCAAAAAUAAGUAACCACCCAUGAUUCGUCUAGCCAGUGCACUUAUGAAAGGCAUUCACCCCCCUGAACAUCCACCAUUUUGAAUAUUUUCAGGGGGGUGAAUGUCUCUCAUAAGCACACCAGCUAGUAACAUGGUGACAGCAUUGCAAUGGUUCCGCCAAAAUCAUAGGCAAAACCGAGAAGUCAGCCUUCUGUAAGGUCCCCAAUGCCGUGCCAAAAGGGUUAAAUUAUAAUGGCAGAAAUGAAAAAUAUGUAUUUGUUGCCUGAAAUGAUGUCUAAAGAUUGUGGGCUGUAAAAAAACUACAGAUGCCUCAGGGAUAACUACUGCACAUGCUCAGUUGCUUCAUAUUCCCACAUACAGCGGCAACUCAUUUAUUUACUAGAAAAUCCACUGAAGCAUCACUGAUAUCCACUUUAAUUCAAUUUCUGCACAGAAAUGAGGCGAUCAAAGGUGUCGACUAGCUACGUCAAUUCAAUCAAACUAGACCAUGCCCAUUGGUUUUAUAAUUGCUCAUUGUUGCACAUUGUACAUAAAAAUACCUUAUUCGCACUUAAUUUCAGACAUACUUAAUUUUGCGAUUUUUCAGAUGCAUUAUUUCCCGAGACUUUAUUUUCGUGAUUUUGAUAGGCGAAAAUAGAAAAAGUGCAUUAAUUUAAAUUCCACCAAAGGUUUUGGAAUAAACAUUUUAUUGUCUAUACAAAUCUGAACUACAACUUUCGAAAGUCUGACAGUGUACAAGGUAGUCGGCAAUAUUUUUACUCAUCUUUAUUGCCGGUAACAAGACAAAAUGCAAACUGUAGCUUAAUACUGAGACUAUUACUAAAUGAUUUACAAUCGUGAAAGUCGCAAAAUUAAAGUCGCACAAAAGUAAGUACGAAUAAGGUAGUCAAUAUUUUAUUGUAAGUUAAUCAUAUUAUUACCAUAUAAUCGGCUCAUCGCUAUGAACUCCUGGGCUUUCUUUAACGCCAAACUGUUUGAUGCUUUUCUAAAGAAUGGCAGAAUUAUCAACCUCAUUGUAAAACUUGACCAUUUGUUGUAUUUACCAUUCAAGCAACAGGACGCGUAAGUAGGUUUUACGUAAGUAACAAAAGUUGCAACCAUGUUUCUUAAUCGUUAUCACCGUAUUCUGUAUUUGAAGCUUGGAUAAUAACCAAACUAUAUUGAGUAAUGCUUAAGGGUUAACAAUAACUUCAAGAUUGGUGAAUUAAUCAGAAUUAUUACAUGUAGAUGAUCGUUACGAAUGGGUGAGUUUUUGCAAAAUAAAGUGUCAUAAUUAUGGUACAGGAUUAAUUUGAAGGUCCUGUUUGAAGGACGUGUUUGAUGAUCAGAAAUUCUUUUCAGAGAGCAAGAGGAUAAACAUUGGAUCAAAGAUUGCCUAAAAUUUCUUCCUUAUUUAUAAGGAAAUGUGUUUUGUGAAAAAUAAGUGAUUUAGAUAUCCUAAUAACCUACUUUAUCUUAUUUCAAAAUGUUUAGUGCCUUCCUUGACAAAACCUAUUUCAGCAGUUGCAAAAAGCAAUUUUAAGCCCUCCUACAGUAUAUCAAGCCCACAAUUUUGGUACUGCACACAUAUUGCAGUGCCAUAUGUUUGAUUUUUAUGGGAGGGCAUAUAAAUUCAAAUUUUGCGAUUGCCCUUAGUAAAGUCUUCAUUAUGUACACAGUCGUUUUUACUCAAAAAUCAUCAUCAAUGUACUUUAACAUAUUGGUAACAUAUAGUCCUAUAGCAUGGCCAUUCUUUCAUGAAAGAGAUAUUUCCAAAAAAAUUAAUCUACUACUGUAAAAACCAAGUAUUUCAAAUAGAGAAUUACUUACAUGUAGGUUUGUUUAAUGUUGCAUCAUUCCAAAUGUAACAUGACGUCGUCUUUUUCAAGGUGAACCACCAGCAGAUGACAUAAAGUUUUCAGAUGACAAAGUUUGCAAGAGUUUUAUCAUGGGACUCUGUCCUCAUGCACUGUUUAAUAACACGGUUAGUAUGUUGGACCAACACUUUCAGGGACAUCACUACUGAGGGGGGCAAUAGUUUUUAGGUUGGUCAAAAUGGAAAAUAUUUGCCCAAAGUAGUUGGUCACUUUUCGCUGGGUUCAACAAAAUUUCUCUCUUCCCUUAGAAAAUGGACAUUGGUGAUUGUCGCAAGGUUCAUUCUGCUGCGUUGAAAGCUGAUUACGAGGCCGCAGCCAAGUCUCGCAGUUAUGGAUACGAAUUGGAUGUAAGAUAUUACUAAAAAAACAAUCAUUACAUGUAAAUCAAUAUAUUCCUUUAGUAUAACACAGUAUAUUAACCGUAAUUGUGUAGCAAAUGGAACACUUGCAAGCGUUCAUCAAAGAGUGUGAUCGAAAGAUUGUCUUGGCCAAGAAACGUCUGGCUGAAACACAAGAUGACUUCGGAAGCACUCCUGAGGUAAAUGCUGAAAAUAAGUUCUCUCCACAUGCUGAAGUGGGUAACGAUUUAUAUUCCAAAGACAAGGGUUCUCGAUAGACUUUGGAGGAGGUUUUUUGAAAGAAGUAUGUGGCUAUAUGAUGCAGAAGGUACUUCACCAAGGAGGGUUCAAGAGUGUCUUCCGGUGAAGAUUUUGAAAUUUAGACCAUGUGAAAUGGAAUUUCCAGUCGUUUUGUUGAUUUUGUCAUAUCCAAAGAUUUAGCAAAGAAUAUUGUGUAAAGUUUGUGUUACAGUAUAAAAGCAAAAAGCCUUUCUCUUGACAUUUCUUGGUCUUUUGAUUUAUAAUUUGGAGAAAUAGCCAGCGAUUGCCGAAGCUAUUGGGAACCCUGAAAGACUAGCAGUCUAUCAUAAUUUAUCUCAAGUAGCUUGUGUUUUUCAGGCAGGUAUUUUUCAGCUAUCAUAAUCUAUACUGUAUAUAUCUUAUAUUUUAGGCUCAAGCAGUCCACGACUUGGGAGAAAAAAUUGGUAAAAAACUUGCCGAGGCAGAGGUCCUGGGUAGGUUAUUUAAUAUUUCCCCCUUGUUUAUGUUUUAAAUUUUGAAGGAUUUGUAAGAAAUGUUUUGAGGGAACUGACUAAUGCCUGUAUUGUCAAAGCUCACUCACACUCAAUGAGUGGAGGUUCAAUCUGAGCUUCUCUUGAGUGUCAAACACUGCGGCUCAUGUUUUAAACGGUACUUCACAUUUUUUCACUUGGCCUACAGGUGCAGAAGGGAAGGUUGAUGAGUCUCUAAAAGCCAUGGCUGAGGUUGAAGAACUGAAGAGUCAGAAGAGAGUUGCUGAGGUAACUUCUUGCAUCAGUUAAUCAUUAUCUCUGAUCCAAUAAUUAUUGAUUGUCAUAUGAUCAUUUAUCUAGGAGGUGUAUCGCGAUACGCUGCCAUCAUCAUCUUUACAGCAACAAAAGUUAAGAGUGUGUGAAGUGUGUGCUGCCUAUCUGAGCCUUUAUGAUAAUGAUCGAAGGUAGGGCAAUACUGGAUGCUGAAUGAACAACUUGAGGGAAUCAAGCACUACAGCUAAAAAGAACAUAAUGAAAUUAGUAAAAUUGCAAAAUUUGGUUGCAAAAUGUUGUAAAGCUUGAAAAUAUAGUCUUGCAAAUUUUGUAUAUGUUUGUAUUACGUGCGGAAAAUGUUACCAUUUUCGGCUCAAAAAUGGUAACGAUUUCCGCACGUAACACAAACAUAUACAAAAUAUGCAUACAUACGCUACAUUUUCCGUAUUUUACAACAUUUCGUAACCAAAUUUUGCAAUUUUCCUAAUUUUAAUAAGUUCUUCACGGGAAUUUGCUUUUUUCGCCUAGAUCAGAAAUUAGUCUAACAUGCUAAACAUUAUCUGUUAAACCACAGAUAGUAGUGCAAUGCGCUGCCCUGGAGCAUGCGAAAAACAGCAGGUUGGCGGCUUAAGCCUGGUUCACAUUGAUCGGCGAUCUUCUACAAUCCAUUGUCUGUGAGCAACGAAGAAGAAAAUGCACAAAACAUUUUAUGCAUCACUGACCACCGACAAUGGGCAUCGCCGAUGUUUACGAUCAAUGUGAACCAGGCUUCAAGCAAUUGCAUCACAAGCGCGGGGACAUACUACUUUUUCAAUACAACUACCAACACUUAAGGUGCUGUUACACUAUGUAAUUUGUCUCGCAAUUUUGUUGCGACACUGGUUGCACGCGAAAUUGCAAGGUGUAUCAUGCCUCGCAAUCAAGACAAUCAACAAGUCUCGCGAUAUUUUUGUUGCAACAACCACUGCACGAAAUAAAAUCAGGUUCUACUUUUUGCAACGAUUGCGGCAACGCUACAACUCAUUUUUAAAGCAUUGCACAGUGUAGCAUCCCUCUUGCAAAAAUGCAACUAUAGUCUCGCAAUGUUUAUACACUGGCGCCAAACGUUAGAACUCGCGGUUUUUAUACUAUUUUUAAUAAUGAUUGCAAGUUGCAUGGAACGUAUUAGACAGAUUAAGAUCGAGGACGCGGACGUCAAAGACGACGUGAAAAUGGCGUGGCAUAUCCAUACCACAGAAUAGAUACCGGACCAGAAGGGACACUCCUAUGUGUUUUGGCUGAAGGAAAACGUCCGAAAUUUUUUUACGUGCUAUGACGCCAUCCUGGAGUGCACACGGCACUUUGUACCUAUGUUUUCCUAUGAAAAACUUCCGUGUGCACUCCAGGAUGGCGUCAUAUGAUGCCGUAUUUUCACGUCAGCACUCGGACAAAAUAUCAGUGAGUGACACUUCUGGUUCUGUAUCUAUUCUGUGUCCAUACAUUGGCACAACACGCCAUUUUCACGUCGUCUUUGACGUCCGCGUCCUCGAUCUAAAUAUGUCUAUUGCUUGGUGUAACAUCCCUUGCAAUGCGAUGCUGAAAUAUUUUUCUUAACAUUGCGUGACAAGUUACUUAGUGUAAUAGCGCUUUUAUGAGUUCUGAACAAACUGACGUACCGAAUAUAAAGCGCAGCUUGUUUCUAAAUCGGGCUGGGAUACAAAAGCCUCAAUUUGUUUCCAAUUCGGGCUGGGAGCAGGCUGUACAAAGCGAUGCCUAGCUUCAUUUGGGCAUUGCAAUAAUCAGCAGAAUUGUUUAAUUCUCUUCACUUAAGAUAUUUAAUAUUAUUUGUUCUCUGUUUCAGAUUGGCUGAUCAUUUUGGUGGUAAACUUCAUAUGGGAUUUAUAAAAAUACGUGACAGAUUGAAAGAACUCGAAGUACGCAAUUAUUUCAUAGAAUAUUUUAUGAACUUAUUAAUUAAAGUCUUCCUUUAGGUAUGGAGAACAUCUCUGAUCUCUGGAUCAUGACUGGAUGACAUGGAGAACAGUAGGAUUUUCCAAACAAUGAAAAGACAAUGGAACAUUCUGAUCACUGGAUCAUGACUGGAUGACAUGGAGAACAGUGGGAUUUUCCAAACAAUGAAAAGACAAUGGAACAGUCUGAUCACUGGAUCAUGACUGGAUGACAUGGAGAACAGUAGGAUUUUCCAAACAAUGAAAAGACAAUGGAACAUUCUGAUCACUGGAUCAUGACUGGAUGACAUGGAGAACAGUGAGAUUUUUAAAACAAUGAAAAGACAGUGGAACAUUCUGAUCACUGGAUCAUGACUGGAUGACAUGGAGAACAGUGGGAUUUUCCAAACAAUGAAAAGACAAUGGAACAGUCUGAUCACUGGAUCAUGACUGGAUGACAUGGAGAACAGUAGGAUUUUCCAAACAAUGAAAAGACAAUGGAACAUUCUGAUCACUGGAUCAUGACUGGAUGACAUGGAGAACAGUGAGAUUUUUAAAACAAUGAAAAGACAGUGGAACAUUCUGAUCGCUGGAUCAUGACUGGAUGACAUGGAGAACAGUGAGAUUUUUAAAACAAUGAAAAAACAACGGAACAUUCUGAUCACUGGAUCAUGACUGGAUGGCAUGGAGAACCGUGGGAUUUUCAAAAUAAUGAAAAGACAAUGGAACAUUCUGAUCACUGGAUCAUAAAAACUUUUUUGUCUUGUGUGUAGGACGAGGUGUCAAAGAAACGGGAGGAAAGAGAACAAGAGAGGGUGAGAAGACGAGAUGAAAGAGAGAAAGAACUGGAAGAGAGAAGAAAGAAAGAACGAAAUGGCGACAGGUAAAUAUCCACGACUAUCCUUGGUACGCCAGGUGGUACCAUUGAACUAUAAAUAAACUGGAAGGCUAACUGCUAUGAUGAAGGCCUAUGAUUUGAUGAAGCCAAAAUAGUUUUUCUGAGUUAUGAGCAGAAAUACUUGACCCCAAACGUCGGGCUAUAUAUCAAAUUGAAGCUAUUGAAAAUUGUGUGGAAAUUUCAAGACUUCAGCGAAAAGAAAAAUCUUUAAAAAAUACAAAAACAACUGCAAAACGGCAAAUUAUCGGUAAUUAUGUUUGUAAUUUUUCAAUAUUUCCCUUUUAGCUAAAAUCUUGAAAUUUCUACACCAAAUAGCGUUUUUCAAUAGCUUCAAUUUGAUAUAUAGCCCAACGUUCAGUGUUGAGUAUUUCUGCUCAUAACUCAGAAAAACUAAAAUACACUGGCUUCAAUUUCCCCCCCUGAGUUAGCCUUCCAGUUUAUUUAUAGUUCAAUGGGUGGUACCAGAAUGUGAGAGAAAAUAGCCUGGGUACGAGAUUGGGUACGCCUGUACUUGUAGAUAAUACUAAGAGAUUGGAAAUGGAUUCAACUCCUUGGAGUGUACAGUGUUGAAAGAGGUUCACUGGUGCUUGACAAAAUAAUUAAUAGGGCCAAAAAAAUGUGGAUUUCCCAUUUCUUCUUAUAAAAACUUACGUAGGGUAGGUCGGUUUUAAAUAUAGGUCGGUUUUAAUUUUUUUUUAACUUUUUUUUAAUUAAUUUUCCUAACAACCGGACGCCAUUUUUUUAGUUAGUGCUUCCACAUCCAAAGAUAAAUUUCCCUAAUAUUUCCUCAAAUUUCAAUUUUCCACAAACGUUUCCUCCAAGUGGAAACACUUACAAGCAUAAUUCAAUAAAAAAUUUUCGGGAUUUCGACGUCCAAAAGCUAGGUAGGGUCGGGAAACCAGAAACCCACAUAUUUUUUUUGGCCUAGUUGAACGUUCUGUUGUUUUGUAGGGAUCGCAGACGCGACCGCAGUCGAGACAGAGAUCGUGACAGAAAUCGCGACAGAGACCGUGGAAGAGAUGAUCGUGGCGGUAGAGAUGAUCGUAGGGAUCGCGACAGAUCAAGAAGGUUUGUCAACGACGUGACGUAUGCAUGUGGUGUACAUGUGUAUCAGUGUAUUAAUGAAUUAUGACUGUACAACUCAUACAAUUUUGCCCUUCAUUACAAUUACUACAAAGUUUAUUUCAAAACAUUGCAUUGAAAGGGUACUUGACACAGAGAUGAAUGGCUAUCAUUGUUUCAAUUUUACAGAAAAAACUUUCUUACGAAGUGUAGAGCCUAAGCUCUGGAGCCUAAGCAACCAAAAAAUGUCAAAUUUUCACUUUGAUCCAUCAUUGAAAGUUUCCCAAGGGGAGGUGCAUGACUUUUCAGGGGAGGUGCAAAAAUUCUCAGGAGAGGUGCAAAACGAUCUCAGGGGAGGUGCGCGCCUCCCCACACCUCCCCUCAAAAUCCGGCCAUGGACUGCAUACUGCAAAAAAUAAAGUUAGCUUAAUAAUUCGCUUCAACGACAACUCUUCCUUUAUUUCGCUAGGGAUCGUCGCAGAAGUCGCAGCCGCAGUCGUGACCGACGUCGUAGCCGAAGUCGGGAAAGGAAGCGAAGCAGAAGCCGUGAACGACGUCAAGAAAGAUCGCGUUCUCGCUCCGGAUCCAAGUCCAACGCACUCGCCAAUAAAGAAGAGAGAGCACCGGAUGUAGAAAUAGACCGAAAACCGGAAACGGAAGCGACUAUGGCGCCCGAACAAGGAGUGUGACUUCCGCUUGGGUGUCCACCCAAGAGCCGGGCGGUGGUUUCAUUAACUUGUGUUGCAGUGAACUGAAUGUCAGACAGUCUACAAUUUAGAUCUAACUUCUAUGUAUAGCUAGUUAUAUUUAAGAUUAGGUGGACGACUUAAUUGUGGGUCUUUGGAACUCAGCUGUCAGUAAUAUUUCUUUUAGUAAGAUGUCAGUUACUCCAAGACUAUAGACCCAUUGCACUGACGUCACAAAUCCUUAGAGUGUCCUCCAGAUGCUCCCUAACAAUAUCUGUUCGGGUACAACAACCACAUACAGCGCAAACAUUAACCAUUUGAAUACAAAAUUAUUAUAAAGUUUUCCAAAAUUUGCUUUGUUUACAAAAGUUAUAUUGUGCAUAGAUUGCUAAUCUGUCCCCCAGACGCACCGGCGCUGUGACGUCAUGUGCAAUGGGUCUAUUGUUUCAUCGUUUCUCAGCAGUGGCAAAGCCAUGGCAACUGCUCAUCCUAUGCAAUAAACAUGCGUCGAAGUAGGUUCAAGACAAUGAAGGCUUAUGAAGCUAUUUGGAUGCAUGUUUAGCAUAAUUUUACUCAAGUGGGGGUCAAUCAUUGAACUGAGGUUAUCUAAAACAACAAAGAAACAAAAUGGCUGUCAACGCAUCUUAUGUUAAUGAGUUCUCCGACUAUUAUAAAAGUCAAUAUAAAACAAUGUAAACAAUAUAAAAGCCAUCCUUUACCCUUGACACAGACCCUUGGCCCCCACUUGAGUAGGCGUGACGUCAAAUGGAACCCAAGAAUAAUCUAAAAUAUCUGGUCAAUCAAAAUAUGAGCAAAUGCUGGUAACACAGGCUAACCAAUAGACAUAAUAUUUAGAUCGCGGACGUCAAAGACGACGUGGAAAUGGCGUGUUGUGCCCAUGUAUGGAUAUGCCACGCCAUGCAUUUUGACGCCAUUUUCACGUCGUCUUUGACGUCUGCGUUCUCGAUCUAAAUCUGUGUAAUAUGAGACCCUCUGCUAUUUGCUAUCUAACAUUUAAUACAUUCAUGUGUACGUGUAAAGGUUUACUGCUCAAAUAGUUUUCACAAUAUACAACUUGUAAAUUAGUGCUUUGUAUGCGAGUUUGUCGUAAAAUACAUUGCUUAUUUUUUCUUUCGUUUAAAA